UUAUUUAUUUCUUUAUAUUAGUUUGUUUUUAAUCCAGACUCCCCCUGAAAGCUCCUUGUAAACAGAUCUGCAACAUUAUGGACGUACUUCCCAGAAUGCAAAGGCGUGGCGGCCAGCUAACCAGCUCAAACUUGCAGAGCGGCUGUGGGCGUGGCCGCGGCGUGACGUCACCGCACCGCUCUCUGAGCCCCAGUCAAUUCAUGCCCGCUUCAUCACUUCGCGUCGCGCCUCACCCCUACCAGCGGCUCACCUUCAGAGCAGCUGCAGUCCCGGAGGAUUCAAACUACACCUGGAUAUUUAGGAGCCGAACCUGGUUUGUUUGAAGUAGCGGAAGGCAGAAACGCGCUGGAGGGUUUCCCUUUGACAGCAGGUGAGAACUUCAUCAUCCGGGUGUUUUUGGUCGCUGGGGGGUCCACGCGGAUCUGACAGUAAGGAUGGCUCCAGACAACUACUUAAAGAUCCAUUUUUAAGCUUCUGCUGGAUUUGCAGAAAGUUUUUCAUUAAAGGAAAUGGCUUCUGCCAUGUCAGAAAACAAAUAUACCAAAUGCCACUCAGGAAACGAUAUAGAGCCUAAUGAAUCCCCAGUGAUCAGCGCCAUCAUGUUUGGCUUAGGAGUCUUUGGGAACGUUGCUGCCUUGGUGAUCCUGGAAAUCCGUCGGCGAAGGGACGCCAGGGCCGAUGACAGGCGGCACAGAGGAUUGUUCCACAUCUUCAUCAUUUCUCUGGUGUUCACAGAUCUGGCUGGAACCUGCCUGACCAGCCCCCUAGUUCAGAUUGCCUAUGCAUGGAACAAAACCUUGGUUGGGAUGGCUCCUAAGUGUAGCAGUGCUACAAACAACUUCACUAGCAGUGCUGAUAACAGCUGCACUAGCAGUGUGUGUAAGUACUUUGGCAGCAGCAUGACCUUCUUCAGUCUGGCCACCAUAUCGCUCCUCUUCAUUACAGCACUGGACAGAUGCUUCGCAAUAGGACACCCCUACCUGUACAACCGAGUUGUCACCAAGAAAUGGGCAUAUAUCACAAUCUCUGUUAUGUUUCUUGUAUGUAUCCUAUUCAGUUUACUUCCCUUUGUGGAAUUUGGUGUAUAUGUGCAAUACUGCCCUGGCACAUGGUGCUUCAUUGACAUGAACCCCUUGGACAUUGAGCACCGGGUCUACGCUAACUUAUAUGCCACAAUUAUGCUGGUGUUGGUCCUGUCGAUUGUGGCCUGCAACGGUUUCGUGGCGUACCAGCUGUUCCGGAUGUACCGCCGUCGCAACAGGCAAGGCUCAAUGAUGAAGAGCAUGAGAUCCAGCAGCGAGCGCAAAGUGUUCGUGGCUGAUGAGGUGGAGCACCUUGUCCCACUGGUCUUCAUGACUAUCAUCUUCAUCAUCUGCACACUGCCCAUGGUGAUCCGAGUGUUCUACAACUCUAUCAGAACCAAGGAGGAGUCCCAUGAAUAUGACCUGCUGGCCCUCCGGUUCCUCUCCAUCAACUCCAUCAUCGAUCCGUGGGUCUUCAUCCUGCUCUCCCCCAGCGUGCUGCACUUCUUCUGUUUGUCGGUCUGCAAGACCCGGCUGGGGAAAUUCAGAGGCUCCGUGACCGAGUCGAUGCUGGCCAAAGAAAACUGCCGCGCGCCUGUGGAACUGUCUCGCGCCACCAUGUGGACCAGCUGUCCUCCCACGGAGGAAAACGUUUGAUCGCUGCAGUGUUGUUUGGGACUCCACGUUUCUAUUUAUUGGAAGUGUGCAAUCCUGCCUGCCUGCAGGGCUCACACAAGCUGGAGAAGUCUGACGGACUGCAAUCAUUUUCCUGGGUGUUUCCAUUUCAUUAUGGCCAUAAUAACAGCUCCAUCGGCCAAUUAAAGACCACUCCCACUCACUUUGUGGUUUUCAGCGUAUUACUGUUGAAUCCACAAAGUUUUUUUUUGACACUGUCAUGUAAGGUUGCUUCUACUAUUUACUGUCAGUGAAUUAAUUUGCCAGUAAAAGCCUAUUUGCUCAGCAGAUAAUCAGAUGGCUCAGCUUUGUCUUUGAUGGGUCGAACUAAACUGAAGACACUGAAAUGAACUAAACGUAAAGAUAAAUAUCACAGCAGGCGUUGUUCUCAGAUUACAACCACAUGUUUGAGUGUCUGUGACAGACAAACAGAAAGUAGAGCUUUAUUCUCAGGCGGAAGAAAAUGGUAACCUGCUUUCUUGCUCCUGCUGAGGCAACGCAUCCCCACAACAUGUGCUGCCACCACAAUGCGCCACUUUCUGGAUGUUCAAUGUUUUUCACACAUUUGCACCAAAAUGCGCCAUCUUCCCUUAUUUUCUUCUACUAGUUUGUGUAGGUCUACCACAUGAAAUCCCAAGACAAUACGCUUUCAUCUGAGCAUGUGGCGAGACAUUUGACCAAUGAUGGCAGAAGAAAACUGACAAAUUGGUUUUUCACGUGCCAGUCGGAAAGGUCAAAGGCCAGAAAAGCUCAGAGACUUUUUAGGGUCCAAACUUUCACUCAGGGAAUGAGUGAACUUUUCUAAAACUUAUUCUCUCGCAGUUAUUUCGUUUUUAUUCACAUGUUUAUUAUGAAGCAUAAAUAUAUUUAACGAAACUGUUUUUCGUGAGUUUCCAUUGUGGUUUGACUUGAAAAAAAAAAGGUCUGUUUGAAACAGUGAUGGGGCCGCUGUGGCUCAGGUGGUGGCAGGCAUGUGGAAGAUGAACUUUCCUCAUCCUGAAGUGUCUUGGAGCAAGUUUCUCCAGAUAGGCCACCAUCUUGCAUGGCAGCUCCACUGGUUUUUUUGUGAGUGAGUGAGUGAGUGAGUGAGUGAGUGAGUGAGUGAGUGAGUGAGUGAGUGAGUGAGUGAGUG